AAAAAAACAAAAAAAAAAAAACGAAUGUUAUAACGCCUUUUUUUUUAUUUUUAUUUUUAUUACUAUUAUUACUUCUCUUUUUCCCAAUCUUUUAUUUUUACUUUUCUUUUUACAUUUUUCCUUUUUUUCUUUUAUUAUUAUUCAUCACUUUAAAAAACAAAAAAACAAAAAACUCCCAAAAAAAUUUCAUCCUCUCUCUUUUCAUCAUCAUUGUAUACAAUUUAUCAUGACCAAUUCUUCAAUUACACAAAAGCUUGUUUCUCCUUCUCAUCAUGUUUUACCUUCUUCAAACCAACCUACCAAUGUGAAUAAACAUACAAAUAACAAGAAGACGACAGUAAAAGAACCUCAACAUCAUUCAAAACCAACUACGAAACCAAAGCACAAGAAACAACGUAUGACUGAUAAACAAGAUAAUAACAACACCUCGGUUAUGUCUACAAACAACAAACAACAACAAUCCAAUACUAAGAAGAAACAUCAAAAACCAUCAUCCACUCUUUCUACUCAAAAACAACAACAACAACAACAACAUCAUCAACGUCGUACUGUUUUACCUGUCAAGGUCCGUAGAAUGGAAAGAAGAAAAGAUAUUGAAUCAAUGACCGAAGCUCUUCAAACAUCUCAAGUUGAUCUUCUUAGUACAAGUCCACCUGUUUCUGCAACUGAAUCUGAAGAUUCUGAUACUGGUCGUUUGGAACAAAAACGUCGUAAUAACAAGAAGAAGCCCAAUCUUGCAAAUGCUAAUACUUUCCCUCCUUUAAAUCAACAAACAAAGAAAAGUGGUUCUCGUCGUCAACAACAACAACAACAAAAAGGAAACAAGAUUGUGUAUGCUGGUCCUACAUUCAAUAAUGCACCUGCUCCUAGUGCAUUGCCUAUUCCUACUAUGGAUAAUACUCAACAACCUCAACAACAAUCUUCUCAUGAUGAUAUCUUUUAUAUGGAAGUGGUUCCUCCUCGUCCUAUCAUGCAUCAACCUGAUUUCCAACAACAAUCAAGAGAUUUGAUGAAUUUGUUAAUUCCUCAUCGUCAACCUCCUCCUCCUCCUCCUCCUCAACAUAUGCCUAUGAUGAAUUCCCCUCAUAUGGACCACACCCUUUCUCAAAUUCAACGUGAUCUUCGUUCCAUGCUCAAGUUGGAAGCCGCCUCCUAAAGAAUCUACUCAAAUUCUUCAAGAUAUAACUGUUUUACAAGGCUGUUGGUGUAUUUGGACCAUCCUUCUCAUAUUUAUUCUCUUCAUACCCCCCUUCUUUUUUUUUAUUUUCCCCUCUUUCUUUUUUGUAUAUUUUGAAGCGUUUUAUUUUUUGAAGAUGGUUCCCUCUCCCCAUUUUUAUUUAUCCCACUAGUUUGUAAAAAUUUCCCUUUUUCCAUUCUUCUGCUCUUUUUUUUUCCUUUCUCCUUCAUCACUCUCUCUCUCUUUCCUCCUGUUGAUCACACUUUCCCGUCAUCCUUUGUAUUAUAGUUUUUUUUUUUUUUUUGUUUUGCUUUUU